UUCCACAGCGAUGCUCUAGCCGCCCUCGUGUCGGUUGCGCACUCUGUGGUCCUCGGCGCGAAUCCGUCCUUGGAGCAGCUGCGCGCGGUCUUCCUCCUCGAAUGGAAGCAGCACAUCCUCCGCGCGUACGUGCAGCUGCGCGACGAGGCGACCGCUAGACGAUCGGCGCCGUCCUUGUUUGAUGACGACCCGGUGCGGGCGACGCUCGAGCAGUGGCAGACGUGCCUCACACGCGCACGGACGUCGGCGGCGUCCCCGCUGCCGUCAUCCGAACCACAAGAGCUUUCGUGCCUUGCGUUUCUCGACACCUUUGCACCGCCGCUGUGCAGCACGAGCGAGUCCCCCGAGACCGAGCGCCGUCUGUACCUGUUGCUGCAGCGUAAAUUCCGGGGCGAUCUGAGCUUUGCCGACUGCCUGGACCAGGUCCACGCGCUCCUGGCGCGUCCUCUGCUUCGGAUUGUCAAUUUGAAGGCGACGCGCGGCGCGUGGCUAACCUUUUGCUUUGGCCCGCUGGAGACGACGGUCUUUGCUGUGACGAACGUCAUGGCCAUUCACGCGGGCCUGCGCCUCAACACAAGCGACGUGUCGCUGUACACGGAGAUGUUUCUGGACUGGUUCUUUGGUCUCCCGGUGGAAAGGGUCCUCGCGAUGACGAGCACGACCGCGUCGUCGCCGCUCCAGCGCUGGCUCGAGCCUUGGAUCCACGCCAGCUCGUACCCGCACGUGCUUGAAGACAGCGAGGCCUUUACGCUUCCCGAGCUGUCACCGCCGCUGCGCAGUGUGUUUGACGCGUGUCGCAAAAGCGACAAGCUCUUGCAUGUCUACGUCCUCACCCACCACUUGGACGUGGGAACGCGCGCGCACGCCCAUGCAUUACAAGAGUCGACGCUCGGGCAGAUUAGCGUCCUCGGCGCGGGCCUGCGCUGGCGGGUCUUGCAGCACUGCCUCCACAAGGUCCUGUACCUCACGUGCCUCCUGCGCCUUCCCGGAAAACUCUCCAUCGACGCUGUCGAGGGUGUGGACGAGCUGCUGCGGGCGAUUGCGAUCUGCCAGCUCCAGCAAGCCCCCGACGCGGACGACGCGCCAAUCGUGUGCUACGAUAGCGGUGAGGCGUGGAUGGCAGCAUGGCAGGCGCAGCUCGAGUCAUCCUCGUCACGGCGCCUCGUCGCCUCGGUGCUCCAGAGCUUUCGCCAGCUGCAGCACGCCGACUCUCUCGCUUGCUGCCGGGCCACUGUGCUCUUCUCGGCGUGGAACGCGGACCGGUCGCAAAUGUCCUAUUUGGAGCUCGCGCUCGACGAGGUCGAGGCGGUGACCACGCCAUCGACCAAGGUCGCGCUGGUGGCGCACGUCUGGGAAACGUAUGUCCGGACGCACGUGGCGUCGAUCUUGGCCUAUUGGGUCGACGUUGCGUCGGGCCGCAGUGUCUCCAAGGGCCUGCAGCCAUCCAUUGCGCGCCAGUUUCUCCACCUCGUCCGACAGCUCUUGGAUCUCGUUGGGGGCGCCGCGACGCCGUCACGGGAAUUUCUCGACGACGACGACGAGGCGCUUUUGACGUCGCAGCUCGUCGAGCAGAUUGCGUGGACGGGCUCAGACACGGACGUGUUGAGCCUCUUUGGCGCAGCGUGGCCGCCUCGGUACACGCAUGCGACGCUCGCGACAAGCUUGUCGCGCAUCGACGGCGUGCCCACGACCAGCGUACAGCUGCACUGCCAGCUGCUCUCGGUCCUCGACGCCUUCUCGGCAGUGCCCGACGCUGCGGUGCCGCUGCAAACGCUCUUUGGUGCGCCGCAGUUGCUCUGUGCUCCCGACGGCCUGACGACGCCACCGCCGAUCGAUGCGGCUGGCGCCUCAGCCUUGACGGCCGCGCGGUACCAGUUUGUGUUGCGACUGCUGCAGUCGGAUGUCGCGGUCGGCUUUAACGUGGCGUCGACGUUUUACCUGCCGUUGGACGCGAUCAAGCAAGACCACGCAGUGUUUCUGUACGAGAGUGGCCUUGACAGCCACGCCGAAGAGCUCCUUGGGAAGCUCACGCUGUCGCCCGGCAUCUGCAGGCGCCUCGGGUGCAUUGCGCGAACGCGCGUGGCGCUUGUCUUGUCGCGCAUGCGCAGUCGCCCCGAGUAUGCAGCGUUGAUGACCCGCAUGCCGGCCGAUGUGUGCACGUGGGUGUGCUCGCCGUCCCCGCCGUUCCCGCCCGACAACGCGGUCAUCGAGCGCGACGCAACGCCGUCUAUUAGCGCCACGUACUUUUUACUCACGCAGUGUCUGCAGUGGUUUCCAGCGCCGUCGAUGGAGCACACCAAGACGACAGGCAUGCUCGGUCUCGUCAAGAGCCUCCUUGACCAGCUCAAGCAGGAACGGCAGACGACGACGGCCGCUGCAAGGGUGCGAGGCAACCAGUGA